CGGUUUCCUUGUCCACUCACUAUUUAUAUACUUGACCGCUUGCAUUGGCAGUUCUACUUUCUUCAAGUUACCACGAGGUUUGAACGUAGCAAAACCACCUCGUGUUCUUUUGGCAGUAGUUUUAGACAACGCUCUGGUUAUCUCAGAAGUGGCCUUGCGACGGUCGUAGCCACAGGUAGGUAAUCCAGUUUGGUGUCCAUCACACAAUACAGACCUCAUUUCCAUUAUUACCACAAGAUCUCUCUGCCCGAGCACAUGUGAUAACGGGAGUUGUGUGGAAGUUAAAGAAAUGUUGUUUACGAGUGUUGUAAUUUUUGCUUUUUCAUUCUCCACGUCGGGGGCCAAGGAUAGUUAUAAGGCUGCGGUACUUGAACAUUAUCCUAUAAAAGACACAAAUUCUUAUGAAGAUUUAGUUAACACUGCAAAAUUGUACCUGAAUUACAUUGAAGACGCUGCCAGAGAGCAAGCUGAUAUUAUUGUUUUCCCGGAAGAUGGCCUCACAGCGUCAGUUAACAGUGAGGACAGCCUUUGGGCUAGCAGUACCAAAGUUCCAAAUCCAGAGCAAAAAAUUUCACCUUGUGACGACAGGACUGGAAUAUAUUCUGAGUUCUUGGUUGAGUUUUCCUGUGCUUCGAAAAUGCAUCGCAUCUACUCGGUGAUGAAUCUAGUUGAGGCCGUUGAGAAUCGUACAGGCGGUAGGCCAAUUUUAUAUAAUUCGAAUGUUGUCUUCGACCGUAACGGUACUGUGAUUGCGAGGCAUAGGAAGAUUAAUCUAUACGAAGAAUACUAUUACCAACCAGGUCUGAAUACGAUUACUACUUUCACUACCGACUUUGGUGUAACAUUUGGAACGUUUAUUUGUUUCGAUAUAUUUUUUCAAAGUCCAGCAGACGACCUAUUGAAAAAAGCUAACGUAACAGACAUUGCAUUUUCAACUUCUUGGUAUCAAGAACUUCCAUUUUUUAUAGGAAAUAGCGUGCAACACGCCUAUGCCGUUUUGAACGGUGUAAACUUUCUAGCAUCAGGUAUGAGCGACCUGGAUUUAGGAAUGGGAGGUAGUGGUAUUUAUUCGGCAAAUGGAGAUGUACUCGCUGCAUUCAUAUCUGGAAAAAAUGAUUCCAAGCUGUUAAUUGCCGAUGUGCCUAAAGUAAAAACCAGGAGAGACUCCUCAAAUCGCUGUCAUAAAGGUGGAGGAAAUCCGAAGUCUUCGUUCGCUCCUCACAUUAAUCUCCGCGAAACUUUACCUGCAAGAUUAAAAAACCACACGUUGCAAUCAAUAGACUUAAAUGAACCGUACAUUUACAGAACUGUGUGCGGGAGCACUAAAUUCUGCUGUACAUUUAAUGCAGGUAUCAGACGAACGUCAGAUGAGGUCCCAACUUAUUCGUAUAAAUUACUGGCCUAUGAUGGAGUUACACAAUUGGACGAGAAAUCCCUUGGAUUUAGACAGUGCGCUAUUAUCGCUUGCGCCAAUAGCAGCGUUGAAUCAUGUGGACAUCGAAAUGAAAAACCACCUACUGGAAUUUACUUUGAAGACUUGUCAAUUACGGGCUCUUUUGAAAAUAUUGAAUCACGGUACAUGCCGCUAACCGUAACUUAUGAUCUUCUACCAGCAAAUCAUUACGUAUUUUGCAAGAAAAAUGACAGCAGUAAAGUAGAUGUGAGCAUGUACACAACGAGAGCGAUGGACGAUCUUAUGACUUUUGGAAUACUUGGCAGAGCGUUUCAGAACGACAAUAAGCCACCCGGGAGAAUGACUUAUGCAAAUAGUUCAAAUAAGACCAAAGCCAAUACACUUCGAGUAGUUUUACUAUUAGCCAUGUUUUACGUAAAUCCAUUUUCAUUUUAAACUAAUUGCAUCUUUUGUGAAUAGCAGAUUGUUCAUUCACAGCGAAAAACCGUCGGGAUUUAGUUUAAUUGAAAAUAAUUUUAAAUAGUUAAUUCAUGCACCCUAUAAAGGGUGCUUCGAGUGGAGUGCUGCCCUGGGAUUGGAUAGUAAAAUUAUGACAAAAUGGGAAAGCAUGCCCAAAUCUUAGACAAAGCCGUCAGUCAUCUUAUAUAUUAUAUGUAUAUUGUCGGGAGAAAAUUAGAGAAACUCAUAUCUCCCAAAACGAAAAAUCGUAUGUUAUGAAUUGUAACUGAACAGAUCUUUGAAUAAAAUCGAAUUCAUUUAAAUAUG